AUGGGUUUGGAUGCUAUGAACCAAUCUAUAGCCAAGAAUACAGUUGAUGGAUCUUUCAUGGAUAAGACAUUUGCAAGGGUCACACAAAUCCUUGAUAAAAUGGCGCAACAUAACCAAGCUUGGCACUCAGAGGACACCACAGGUGGAAUUGCUUAUGGUACUCCCUCCUUGACCAAAAUGAUUAAGGAGAACCAAGAGAGAGAUCAAGUAAUUGCAGGGCUUGCCACCAAUGUCAAUGUUUUGACAAAGAUGUUCACUGAAAGCCAAAAGAAAAAGGUGAAUGUGGUGGAGGAUGUUCAACCCACAUCAAAUGAAGACUUUGAGGAAGCAAACUAUAAUAUGACCGAGCUUGUUGGUUCUCAUACCGCAUCCAUUCAAAAAUUGGAGAUGCAAAUGAGAGAUCUCUCUAGGGAACAAAAUCCAAAGCAAAAAGGAACACUUCCUAGUGACACAAUUGCGAACCCAAAGGGUAGUGGGAGUGGUCCAACUUCUCAUAUCAUGGAAAUUACUACUCGGAGUGGGAAGGUUGAGGUUGAAGAGCCAAGUGUUGUUGAAGCUAAAGAGGUUCCGGAAGAGUUGAAAAUCCAAGAAGUGAAUCGGGAAGCGGUAAAGGAAAAAGUGAUAGAGGCACCAAAAACUCUAACACCUAUUCCUAGACCUCCUCCUCCUUUCCCUCAAAGACUUGCUAGAAAGGUUGACGAUAGCAAACUCGAAAAGUUCUAUGACAUUCUCAAGCAGUUAUUGGUGAAUAUUCCAUUUGUGGAAGCAUUUCAAGAGAUGCCAGGUUUUGCUAAGUAUUUAAAAGACUUGAUUACCAAGAAGAGAACCACCAAGAAUGAAGUGGUGAAUGUGACUCACCAGGUUAGUUCCAUCAUUGCAACAACUACCUUUCAAAAGAAAGAAGACCCGGGAGCUUUCACCAUUCCAUGUACUAUUGGGGCACGUGAUUUUGCAAAAGCUCUUUGUGAUAAUGGGGCUAGCAUUAACUUAAUGCCUCUUGCUAUUUACAAGCAAGCGGGGUUAGGUAUGCCGAGGCCUAAAAGUAUGAGGUUGCAAAUGGCCGAUCGUUCCAUAAAGAGACCGGUGGGAAUUGUUGAUGAUGUGCUUGUGAAAGUGGGAGAGUUCCUUCUACCCGCCGAUUUCGUAAUCCUUGAUUAUGCAGUUGAUAAAGAGAUCCCUAUCAUCUUGGGGAGACUAUUCCUUGCCACAGGAAGAGAACUAAUGGAUUCGGAACGGAAUGAGAUCAAAUUCCGUGUGAAUGAUGAAGAAUUUACAUUCCAAGCAAGAAAGGGUAUGAAACUACCACAUGAAUAUGAAAGCAUCUCGAUGAUCAAUGUUGUUGAUGAAGUGGAAGAUCCGGUUGAAAUGUAG